GAACGAGCAGCUUUGUCUAAUACGAUGGCAGGCAAUGCGGACGUGGUGGAGAUUUUCGAGUGCGAAGGCAGCUUUUCCUUCUUACGUGAAGCCCACCGCUUCGUAUUUAGAAUCCACAGCGACAGCAGCCUUCGCGUUGACAUCAAACCAGUCUCAACCGCUCCAUCCAUUCUAGAACAACCACCAGUUGCAAUCGAUCAUGACGAGACUUCCGUACGAGGAACCAUUGAAGACAUCGACGAUGUAAUGGAAGAGGAAGAAUACCAAAAUGCAAGAGAAUCCAUUACAGAAGACCCAGAAGAGGAAGAAGAAGAGACCGUCGCCAAACUGCUUGCAUACGACGGACGUGCAUUGGCUGAAAGACCGCCUGAAGGACAAAUGGAUACACAACCGAUGUGCUAUAUGGUUCACUUUAAGAUCGUGCAAUGGGGUCGAGGCGCACAGGGCAUGUGGUCUCAGAUCGUCAAGUGUAUCGCUCGCCUUACACGACAGCAAGGCUUGUCAGGACGUUUUGUGGAUAUCCGAGAGAACGUGGACGACGCGCAGGAGUUUGUAUUGCAGCCUAUAGCACACAGAUUAGAGGCACUGGACAAUCCAUUGCACCCCUUGACUCCUGGACACUACGAAUUACAGGGCAUCACGAUCGCAGAGAACACAUUUGUAUACGAAUGCGCUAUAAACCUCACUCUACAGCCCAAUGGAAUGAUGUCUGGUACCUCUCGAGAGCUGCCAUUUACUCAAGAAUGUCCACUUGCUGGGAUGUGGACUCGAAGCGGAUUGAACUACCUGUUGGAGUACGAGAUGCAUGGCAAUAAGCACACCUAUAUCUACUUUGGCACCCCAUUUCGAUCAGGUUUGCAGGGUACUUGGCAGAACUCCGAGCUGCGAGUGCUUGGAGGCAAUCUCGACGCACGAACAAGUCAGGCUGAACGUGGCAUCUUAGAGUUUCAUCUGGUUAAGGCUGUUCGCGUCUGGAGUGAAGCAUAUCAUAAGGACUACCCAGCGGCGUUCAGGGAGUGCGUGAAGCUCCUGCUGCUUGCGUCACAUCGAGAUGAAAUCCUGCCCAGCCAUUUAUGGAGCUCUAUAGUGUCGUAUUGUAGGUACAAUUGGUUCCGUAGUGACCUGCAGAAUUCUCUAGCAGCUAGUGAGAGCAAACACAGUGAUAACGAGUUCACAAAUGUGCCGUGAAGCGCCAUGUUUUAUGUAUCUAGCCA